UAGUGGUGCGACCUGUGUUGCGCUUGUUGUGACAGCUCGAGGCGCAAGUUUCAUUGAAGUGUUGUUUGCUUGUGUUUCUCAUAAGUGUACUUACAUUGCUGAGAAAUUUAACCCUUUUAAAACUGAGUCUGAUUUGUUACUUGAUACACCAUGGCGACCGCAGUUGCUUCACGAUUUGCUGUUCUUACUGUUGAAGGCGAAGAUGAUUAUCCGAAGAAGAGUCAACAGAAGAAAAAGACUGACAAUAAAAAGUCAGCUUCGGGCACCCAAAAGUCGGAUACAAAUCAGAAAAAGAAAAAUAAGAAACAAGAAAAUGGAAAGCAACAGAACCAGCAGAAAGCGAAUGCAAAACCAAAAGCUAAAUCUUCUACCAAGGGGGACGGAAACAAGCAAGCAAGUUCCACAAACAAAAAGAAAUCUGCUACACAAGACAAUCAGUGGGAUCAGUGGAAACAAAAAGAUUCAGAGUUUGUAGAAGAAUCAUAUGAAAGAGAUCUGCAGCAGGCCAUCCUCCUCUCGAAGCUGGACUAUGAGGAAAAGAAAGAUGUUUACGAGCAGUUGAAGAAAGAAUCACAAGAACAAGAAAAACGACAGGCAGCUAAUGGAGGAAAUAAACGGGCAAAAAAGCAGCAGAACCGUGCACAACCCAUGUCACUAGAGCAGUUUAAUAAUAUGGUGGAAUCCGAUGGUCUUAAUGCAAUGGGUGCUGUAGAAGAGUCUGAGUCAGAACAGCCAUCAAUAAUUUCAUCAAAUCAAAUAGAACAUGAUACUACAUUCUUUGAAAGAAUCCAGAGUGAUACCAAGAAAGUUCUUGAUCGUGAACACUCUGAAGAACUACGAAAAGCACGUGAGCCUUUUCUUAAUGAACUACUUCUUGUAGCUCAGUUGCAAGAUGCUCUAGAAAAGAAAAAAGACGAAAAUGAGUUAUUAAAACAAGAAAUUGCUGAAUUAAGAGAAGAAUUGCUUAAUGUGAGAACAAGAAACAAGAAACUCUGUCAAAUCCUUGCUCAUGGUGAAAUGAAAGAUAAGGCAGAAGUUCUCCUAGAAGUUGACCGCCUCCAACAAAUGAGGGAUGAACUGUCAUCAGAAGUAUCCAGUCUUCACACUUUGUUAGAGCAAGAACGUUCAAAAGUACGGGCCCUAACUUCUGAUACGAAAAACAAAUCCCAGAACAAGAAACGGAGUGCAAGUGAAACAGCACAAUGAUGGCAGAAGAAGAAACUGGGAAACAUGUACCAGAACUAGUUUCCUGCAGAUUUGUUGUGGAACUGUUUUUGCUGUCUCCAGAUAAACUAAGCAAGAAAUCAAAUUGCUCGCUGCAUGCCAUUUAUGGUGGAGUCUUCAGGUCUGCGGCAAAGCAGAACACUUUUGAACAACUUUUAUAUGUCAUUUUGCAUCUUGUGACUGGAUCAGUAUCUUUGAUAAUUGUGUUUGUUUGGUUUGGUAUCAACUUUAAGGGUUUCAUCUGGAUUUAACUGUGAUGAUAACUUUAAAUGUAUGCUUUUUAGUAGAUUUGAGAGAAAAUUUUCAUUGGUAUUUAUGUUAUUCUUCCUUUAUACGCUGCCAGAUACAGGAGGAACAAAUUUUAACAUCAGAAGGCAUUGGCUACUGUCCUAACAUAAUAUUCAUGCUUGGGCUCAUUUGGCAUUCUGGAUACCACAUAUUCUUACUAUUAAUAAUAGCAUGUAUCAUUAUAAUAAGGUCUGCCUUUUUUUGGAGAUGUUGAAAUCACCACCCAUUUAAAUUUGCACAAUUUUGUUGCAUUUUUUUCUGAAAAUAUUAAUUGAUAGCUACAAGUUACACCUCAGUGGUUUUUAUUUUGAGCUGGUGUUUAAGAACACCACAGUAUAGAGAAUACCCCUAUGAAAACUUUCCUUUUUAAGGUUUGGUGCAAAAUGUUGUUGAUAAAGUUGGAAACACUAGUUUUAAAAAAUUUCUAAUCAUGACUCAUUUCUUCUCAAAACUUCUGUUAAAGAGCUGCACAAAUGUUUUAAAGCUGAUGAAAACUGAUUUGAACAACAGGUGUAAAGGAAAACAGUUGUCAUUAUGAUUAUGGGUAUAAAGACAAUUGAACAAGAUGCUGAAUGCUGCCAGAUUUGGAUUAUACAUGUUCUGUUUAGCCAGACAGUUGGUCAUUGCCGUCAAUAUUUGAACAGUCAUCUUUAAACUAAAAGUGUGAGACACAUGCUGUGCCAGUGUAAGAUAUUACAUAUUUGUAUGAAAGUUAAGUUUCUAAAUAAUAGAAUUCUUCCCUAAUGAUAUCCUUUCUUACUAUUUUUCCUGUUCAGCAGUAUUUGUUUAAUGCAUUUUUUAAUUUGAAAACUUUUGUUGUAAUUAGAAAACAGUUUUGGUGCCAAAUAUGUUAGGUCAUAUGUUGUAAUAUAUUGGUUAAAUUGUUUUUUCUUUCUGUUGUAUGAUGUAUACACCAGCACUAUAUAACAGGCAUAGGAACAUCUUUGUGCUAGUUGCUAAGGUUGUAAUGUGUUCCAAUUACAGAAAUAUGCCAUUGAGAACAUUAAAGUUCCUUCAGAAACAUAUCAUUGUUUCUGUUCACGAAGAGAUUAAACUCUUCUAGAUAUGCAAUUUUAAUGCCAUUAUUCUGUAUUGUUAAUAUGGCAGAGAGGUUGAUUGUAAAUAUUGCAGUGUUUUCUGUUAUUAUAUUGAAAUGGCAUGUUUGAGACUGUUGAUUCUGUUUAUGUUCAUUGUUAACUGCCCUUCUGAGGCAAAACUUUCUUUUCUUUCAUCUUGUGUAAAUCAAUGAAGUGAUAUUGUUGUGUUCUGUAAGAAAUUAUUGCUUUGCAUGAUUUGUUUAGUGAAGUGAUUCUCUGGCGAUAAGUUUAUUGUUCUCAGUUAUGAUUAAGGUUUUCUUAUUUUAGUUGUAUUCAAUAAAGAACUGUGAAAUAUA